CUUCCCUGUUCCUCGACUACUUUUCCUUCGUACGUUUCUGAGUCGCUGUGCCCAAUCUCCCCAUUUCCCUCGAAUCCAAUUACCUUGCCCCAUCACUCCACAGGGUCGACAUCCUGAGGCAAGGCCGAAACACCCCCGAACCGUUUAAUUCGUGGCUUGGUCAGGGUCGGCGUCGAGAGAGAGAGACAGAGAGGGAGAGAGAGUCCAGUAACCCAGAUAACAAGUCGACUUUGACUGUUCACCGUGUCUUCGCCCCCCACGGAGCACAAGAGAGACGUUGAAGAUUCCGUGCGUUGCGUGCGCGCCACCAUUCACCCCUUUCACUCGCCGUAUCCACCCCGUUGUCUCUCCUUCUCGCGCGACCACCCCUCGAAAGCCAUCCACCACCUCCUCCUCGGUCCGCGCACUCGUCCGGGGGUGGCGGAUCGUCCUGGCGCAGCCAGUGCCCGCGCGUCUUUCGCGAUCGUCGGACCGCGCGUACCGAAAACGGGAACGUGUUCUCGCGUGUCCUCAACCCUCGGGGGUGCACCGAGGGUGCGCGUGACUCGGUUCGAAUAAUUCGUAGAAAUUGAACGAAAAUCACUUGUGUUUGUUUUUAAAAGGUUGUUGUUGUGUUGAUCGUUUCGUGGUGAUCGGGCAAAAUCGAGCGGGUUGAAGAGGAUAUCGUAUGAUAAUGAGAUAAGAGAUAGCUGGUAUCCCGUGUAUUAUUGGAAUAACUCGCGAUAAAAACAAUCCUUCGUUCUUCUGUUUAAUUUGGAUGGGGUUAAUCAUGAGGGUGUGAUCAUGGUGUGAUCAUGAGAGUACGAAGAAGAGAGAGUGGCACACUCGAGAUGUUGAGUAAAGUGUUUGAAUAAGAAUAAAGGAAUAAAGAAUUGUUUAACGAUGCGUGUCGGAAAUUUCGUAUCCCAGGUGUGUUGAUUUUUCUUUUCUUUUCUUUUUUUUUCUGGUCCGGUGAAAAUUGCUGUAACGUAAGAAUAUAUCCGUCCCUUCUCCCUCAUCUCAACUAUGACGACCCGCAGGAUAACGAGAACUCGGCCGGGAUAAUGCGCCGCUAUGGUUAUCAGGAUGGAUAUUUCCUGUGAUCACGCUCGACGAGAGCAAUAACGAUCGGUUGUAAUUGGCCUCGUCAUAUCGGAUUGAAUCGGAUUCGAUGGGAUCAUCGUCGUGUCCGCCAAAAGGGACUGGUUAGAAUACCCUGAUAAAAAUCUCGUCUCUCUCUCUCUCUCUCUCUUCCUCGCUUCCCGUUGUUUUCGAUUUGUUCGUCCUGUGCUUCUUGUGCUCCGCUCUACAUCUCGAGGAUUUAGUUUCGAGUGAGAAAAAAAAUAUGCUACGAAGGACAAGUCUCGUGCUGUGAACGUCGCAAGUGUCCGGUGAUUCGAGCUAGAAGAUAGACGAGUGAGGUGGUGACUUUCGUUCCAGAUGAAUGUUUAACUUGGUGGAAAUGUGCGGACAAUGAAGGCUCUCCGAGGAUUUGCAUUGACGUGCAAGUGAAAACUCCGACAAUGUGCAAUUCCGUGUUAAAGUGUUCGUGAACGGGUUCCUCGUUAUUCGUACGAUCCUCUCGGCUACCUGUGUCGCAUUCUGCCCAGCAAAGGAAUACGCAAGAACGAUGUCAUAGUCAGGUGCGAGUCGAGUUCACUUCGGGCACAAUGGCACUGUUGUUCGCCAUUAUUGUCAUCCUGGUCACCACUGCCAUGUCGCUGCCGCCGGUCAUCAGAAUCGGUGCAAUCUUCACGGAGGAUCAAAAAGACAGUCCUUCGGAAUUGGCAUUCAAGUAUGCCAUCUAUAAGAUCAACAAGGAUAAAACUCUGUUGGCGAACACCACGCUGGUUUACGAUAUUCAAUACGUCCCUAAGGACGAUUCUUUCCGAACGUCGAAAAAAGCGUGCAAGCAGCUGUCGAGAUCGGUACAAGGGAUCUUCGGCCCAUCCGACCCUCUUCUAGGCGCCCAUAUCCAGAGCAUUUGUGAAGCUCUGGACGUCCCGCAUCUCGAGGCCAGAGUCGACUUCGAGCCAACGUUCAAAGAGUUCAGUAUAAAUCUCUAUCCAUCUCAGGACCAUCUGAACAAAGCCUUCAAAGAUCUCAUGUCAUUUUUAAACUGGACCAGAGUGGCCAUAAUCUACGAGGAGGAUUACGGUUUAUUCAAACUGCAAGAUCUCGUGAAAUCACCGCCUUCGGCGAGAACCGAGAUGUAUAUUCGCCAGGCAGGACCUGGUUCUUACAGGCAAGUUCUUCGAGAAGUGAGACACAAGGAGAUCUACAAGUUGAUCGUCGACACCGAUCCUGCGCACAUGCAACAAUUUUUUCGUGCGAUCCUCCAGCUGCAAAUGAACGAUUACAGAUACCACUACAUGUUCACGACGUUCGACAUAGAGACAUUCGACCUGGAGGAUUUCAAGUACAACAGUGUGAACAUGACUGCGUUCCGUCUUGUGGACCUCGAGGAACCAAAGGUGGCCGAAGUUCUGAGACAGAUGGAACGUUUCCAGCCGAUUGGCCACGCUAUCCUCAACAAAACCGGAGUUAUCCAGGCAGAACCAGCUUUGGUGUACGACAGUGUGCAGGUUUUCGCACACGGUUUGGCGGCAUUGGAUCGAAGCCACGACCUGAGGCCCGCCAAUUUAUCAUGUGAAAAAGAGGAGCCUUGGGACGAUGGUUUGUCCCUUUACAACUACAUUAACGCCGCAGGUUUACACGGCCUAACCGGACAUAUCGAGUUCAACGAAGGGAAGCGUAAUAACUUCAAGCUCGACCUGCUCAAAUUAAAGAAGGAGGAGUUGGUGAAGGUUGGCGAAUGGAAGCCCGGAUCAGGCGUUAACGUGACCGACGUCAGUGCUUUUUAUGAGACCAGCGCCACUAAUAUCACCCUGGUCGUUAUGACCAGAGAGGAAAAACCAUACGUGAUGGUAAAGGAGGACAAGAAUCUGACGGGGAACGCGAGGUUCGAAGGAUUCUGCAUCGAUUUGCUCAAGUGGAUCGCUAGUCAAGUCGGGUUCCAGUACGCCAUAAGACUGGUGCCUGAUCACAUGUAUGGCGUUUACGAUCCAAAGACCAAGGAGUGGAAUGGAAUCGUUAGAGAGUUGAUGGAAAAGAGAGCGGACCUGGCCGUCGCAUCCAUGACGAUCAAUUACGCUCGGGAGAGCGUGAUAGAUUUCACCAAGCCAUUCAUGAAUCUCGGUAUCGGAAUUCUGUUUAAGGUUUCCGCUCGAACGCCGUCGAGGCUAUUCUCGUUCAUGAAUCCCCUCGCCGUGGAGAUUUGGUUAUCCAUGCUGGCCGCUUACGUGAUGGUCUCCCUAACGAUUUGGAUAGUGGCGAGAUUCUCGCCUUACGAGUGGGUGGAACCUACACCCUGCCCCAGCUGCAAAUGUCCGCUACAGGGUGGUCACGUGAGCGCGUUGGAUCCUGACAGCGACGACAUUCCUCUGCUGAGGACGGUCAACGAGUUCACCCUGGCCAACAGCUUCUGGUUUACGGUCGGCACGCUUAUGCAACAGGGCAGCGACCUCAACCCCAAGGCAACAAGCACGAGAAUAGUUGGUGGAAUCUGGUGGUUCUUCACAUUGAUCAUCAUCUCAUCUUACACGGCAAAUCUGGCUGCGUUCCUCACCGUCGAGAGGAUGAUCACGCCGAUCGAGAACGCAGCUGAUCUCGCUGAACAAACGCAAAUCUCGUAUGGAACGUUGGAGGGUGGAAGUACAAUGACGUUUUUCAGGGACUCGAAGAUCGGUAUAUACAAGAAGAUGUGGGAGUUCAUGGAAUCGAAAUCGCCCUCGGUUUUCGUGAAAAGCUACGAAGAUGGGGUGAAGAGGGUGCUCGAGGGUGACUACGCUUUCCUGAUGGAGUCGACGAUGCUCGAUUAUGCUGUACAACGAGAUUGCAAUCUCACGCAAAUCGGGGGCCUGUUGGACAGCAAAGGCUAUGGAAUUGCCACUCCGAAAGGCUCGCCCUGGAGGGAUAAAAUAUCUCUGGCGAUUUUGGAGCUACAGGAGAAGGGUGUGAUACAGAUUCUGUACGAUAAGUGGUGGAAGAACACCGGGGACGUGUGCAACAGGGACGAGAAGAGCAAGGAGAGCAAGGCGAACGCGUUGGGAGUCGAAAAUAUCGGCGGUGUCUUUGUCGUGCUGGUUUGCGGCCUGGCUCUGGCCAUCCUCGUCGCAGUCCUCGAAUUCUGCUGGAACUCGAAGAAGAACGCCCAAUCGGACAGGUCCCUGUGCGCCGAGAUGGCCUCGGAAUUGCGGUUCGCCAUGCGGUGCGGCUCGCGGCAAAGACCAGCCGCGAAGGCGCGCAAUUCCGACGCCGCGGUGCCGUGCGACCGUUGCAGCCCGCGUGCCACGAGGAGGAGAACGCGAUAUUGUUCCACCGGCCACGAAGAGACCACCUACAUACCGAGCAUCGAGAUACCACGGUUAAAUGGAGGGUGGAGCAUUGUCGAUGACGGAGAUGAAGAAAUCAUUGAGCUUCGAUCAAGUGGGAGCGGCCCGUGGCGGGAACACCUAGCACAGGCCUCAUCCUCAUCUUCAUCCUCAGCAGCAGCAACAGCAACAACAACAACAACCGCCACCGUGCAAAGCCACGCCCACGCACACACGUCACACACACUGCCACUCACAUUCACACAGCCACAGUCACAGCCAUACGCACAAACACCAACCACCCCCACCGAGGCAGAGACGGGGCUCUUCAAGCAUCGUCUUGGGUCAAGGAGGUGACCAUCCUGAGAGUAUUCUCUGGAGAUUCGACUGCGACCUGGCAGGUGAGCCAGACGUGGUGAUAUCGCCGCCGCCACCGCCACCCCCACCCUCGGCGGCCGUAUCGAGGACCACGACCCUUUGACCAAUACUCGAAGAGGUGCCGACAGGUGUGCCCGUCCAAAAGGAGCUGCCUAUCCAGACCUCGGCGGUGGUGAACGUAAUCGACCAGAAGGAGACCUGCUUAUAGCAUAUGUAGUCGCCGGGGCGGAUGAGUUGGCCGCGAACCGGCUUACCCACUGCCAUCGGCGACAUCGUGGUUGGAUCAUCGAUCGGUCGGCUGUCCACGUGACGACACACAAAAAUUUAGAAUUUCGUUUAGCAAAGAAGAAUUGGCGACACGUGCCAAAAAGAUAUAAAAUAAAAUAAAUAAAUAAAUAAAUAAAAUAAAAUAAAAUCAAUCCAAAUGGAUCGUGCAGAGAGGAUCGAGGACGAAUUCGUUGUCGAACGAGUAAAGACGUUGUAAAGAUCGAGAUGGAACGAGCAUCGAUUACUUUUCAACGAACUACAGGGAAACCAAUCAAGUUCAACACGAUGGAUAUCGUGAAGAACGGGGUGGUUUGUUACGAAUGGAGUAUUGUUCCAUUCCAUGGAUCCAAUGGAUGGAUGCUCGUCCUCCAAUAAAACGGGAUCGAUCCGAAAAGCGUCACCGUGCGAACGAACGCUUCGUCCAUCGUCCUGACGAAGUUGAAUAGCAAAUGAAACAUCGCGUGCAACGCCAAUCAAUUUGGGCCGAUCGUUCGCUCUUCGAGGCGAGGACUUUCAAGGCUGGCAAGUAUAUAUAUAUAUGUAUAUCGAAUAGGGUAGUUGAACGGCCGAUUCAAUUGUCCGGGCUGGUCGAAAGCGGCGAAUCCGAUUUUCAUGCUAAACAUAUCGAAAUGGAGGCAGAGACGAGGUCGAGAGCAUCGACGGGGAAAGAUUCUCGUUUGCCACGUUCGAAGAAGUAGAGAAGUAGUGGAGCGAGGAACAAUGUUACGUCGAUCAACGAUACGUGUGAUUAGACUCGGACCAAAACUCAUAGUGAUCACUGCCAACAGAUAGCCUAAUUUAGUCAAACGGUCUAGAUACAGAUGCAUGGACUAAAAAAAAAGAGAAAAAGCUUUAAUCCGUGCGCGUGGAUGGAUAAUUCACGGCCUAAAAAAAAAAAAAAUCUCGAUUCCGCUUAUGCUCGAUCCUUAGAGGAGCGGGUUGACCAACGAACAAGUUUCGAAAUUUCGAUCGAUACAAUGUUACCACGGAACAUGCACAAUGAAGCGCUUUUUAAUAAGAAUACGAAGAAUCGAUUGAAAGAUGAAUUAGGUCGCAAGGUUUAAAGAGAAAGAGAGAGAAAAAAGAAGAAUUUAGAAUAGUCGAAGUGAUAUAAAUACCUAGAACGGAUGGUACUGUCGUCAAAUCUGUUCGACCAACACGAAACAUCGGAACGAGGAUAUCUAGAAAAUAGUCGAAGAUCAGUCGUCGUAUUCAAAAAUUUAUCGUCUGAUAUAUGUACAAUUUAAAAAGAAAAAAAAAAAAAAAGAAAAAGAGAAAAGAAAAAAAAAGAAACAUCUAGAGCAAACCUCGAAGAAGUCUCUUCUUAGAAGAGGCGGAACGGAUCACAGGAGUGUAUGUAGUACAAAGAUUUCGAAAAUUACGUUACCUGAUCGUUACGAUUUUGCACCCUGACCUUUGUUUCCGCGCCGUUCACCAGUCGCCAGAUGAUGGACAGUCUGACCGCGCAGCGGACCAGAAAUUUUUCACACAACGCGUUUUAUACAACAGAGGGUUGAGAGGACUAGAAGAAAAUUUCCACGAAUGAAUUUCUCGAUGUGCCUGCAGUCAGCCUCGAACGAUCGAAGCCGAUCCUAGCACGGUCGAUCGUGCGGGAAAUGUUAGAUUUAGGAAGAAUCCCGCGAACGCGCGUACGCUCGAGGAAUAAGUUCGUCGAUUAUGUAUGGCGUUCCGUGUCAUAAAUAGAUAAACGGUUGAUAAAAUGAUCGAUCGUGUUCGUUCAUCGAAUCGGUGAAUUCACUUCGGUGUAGAUUCACGAAUUGUAUAAAAAAAAAAAUAAGAUACACGCGCGUAUGGACGCGUACACGAAACACGUAGAAUCCGUACAGGUGUACGCGGGCAUACAAUCACCGUAUUGUUAGUUUAUAUAAUAUAAUUCCAUAAGGUAAGUGCGUAGCCGCGUAAGAGACUUUAGUCAUAUUUUGACACGAUCGACAGUUUAUUAAUAUAUCGAGGCGAUUAUGUACAGUUGGCCGAAAAUUUUUUCACCGAAAAUUCGAACAUCCGCCGCCUUCGUCGGGAAGCAAGUUUCUUGAGGGCGUUUUUAGUAUUGCGCACCGCGUCGUACACAUUACAUACACACAUUACAAACACAUACACAAGCAUACACAUACCGUGUACAUACAGGAAGAAAACAAUGUUCAUCGGGAGGAGAAGAGAGAUCGCGUUGCUCGACGGUUUUAUUAAUGCGUUAUUAACGAGGAGAAAGGAUGCGAUUGAUGGGUGUAUGAUCGACAGAGUGCGUGAUAAGAAAGAGGAGCGAAUCGUGCCACGAGAAAGGGAUUAUCUGCUGCUGUUGUAACGACGAGCUUUCCAAUCACGCGCGAUUUACAUACCUCCGUGUUAAUUGGACGAUGAUGGGGAUCAAGCGAUGAACACGAUGACAAAUAUCGCGACGAUUAUGUCGGAAAUAAAUGUCCUCGCUCGAGUGGAUGCUCGAUGAAACGUAAAUCGGAGAUUGCGCAAAUUAAUUCGUAACUUUCGUUGGCCGAAGAUUCAUCCACGAUGAAGAAUUCAUUUUCAGAAGAGACGGCAAGAAAUUUUCAAUGGUUGCUCGGAGAUAAUCGAGUUCCCGUAUAAUUGCAUCCAGAAGAAUCAGUUAAUUCCGAUUGAUAAAUGAAUUCUUCAUUCCGUAUCGAUUAAUUAAGAGUGCCGCUCUUCCACGAGACACGUCGGUUCGGCGAGAGAACCGACUCGUCCUCCUCGUUUUUCUUUCUCGAUCCCUCUAGAAUCUAUAUCCCUCUUUGCGAUAAAUCGCAAAAUCGGGCACGAUUCGCCCAAACGCAUGACGUCGUAAUUGCAUAUUUCGAUCGAACGAGGGGCGAGGAAAUAUUGUUGCGACGGAUGUUACGAUGGAAAACGUUACGAAAAAGAAAAUUGAUUCGAAGGAAGCGAGUUCAGUUUGAAUACUUGUCGCGUCAUCACUGGUGUGCCACUAUUCAAUAAAUAAAUUUUAUUUACUUAA